AUGAUUGAAUCCGUUGGUUCCAAAUUUUUCAAGUCGAUUACUGAAACAGCUGACGAUCUUGGAGGCCGAUUUGAAAUUGCCUUUACGAAUUUUUCCAAUAAAAUUACAGAAAAUGCCGAUAUAUUGGCUUCAGAAUUUAUAUCGUUAUCAAGUCUUAUCAAAAUCGUACUUUCCAUAUUAAUUAUACUUCUUCUACUAAUCAUUUUCAAAUAUUUAACCCUUGGGACAUUGUUUUUAAAAAAUCGAUGGCUUGGACGCCAUAAUCAGUUGUCAGAGGCACAGUUCCUUAUCUUCAUAACACCAGUGAAGGUGGAAAUAGAAUCUGCAACUUUAAAAAAACAGUACGAUAGUUUAACAACUGUCCUUCAACUCCGAGCUACAACUUCUGAUGGACAGUUCCUAUCAAAGUUUCUAAAGAAAAUGAAAUGUCAAAAUGAAGAUCAACUCAGAUAA